AUGGCGGCUAUACUGUUACUUUCGGGGACCAUAAAGAAUAACCAGAUUUAUUCAAUGUUUAAUAAUUUACAAUGUCAGUUAAUGACAUUACAGAGCACUAUGGUGUCUUUGCAGAUGAACCAGAAUAUAUUACAGAGCACAGUUGAGGCCAUAUCAAAAUCUGUAAAUCACAUCAAUAGUAAAGUAGAUGACAUACAUUCAUGUUAUGGUUACAAUUCAGUUGAUGGCACAGUUUCAACCACUACUGUUAUAGAAAGUGUAGAAUCAAAAGAAUUAGAUUCAGGUGAUUCCUGUUUAUCCAAGAAGAAGAAAAAGAAAAAAAAAAGUAAGGCUGAAUCCACAGAAGAAUCUGAAUGUUCAGAAUUAAAAAAAAGAUGUAGAUCAAAAUCUAUUAAUGUGUCAAAUUGUCUGUCUGAAUUAAAAUUGGAUAAGAAUGUGAAUUCUGCCUUUGAGAUCUGUGAAUUACAAUCAGAGCCAACUGAAAACAUGGUUAUGGAGGUAACUGCAGAUAAAAGUUCAAAAAAGGAAAAGAAAAGUAUUAAGGAUGAUAAGCUUAAGACUAUCAAUAUAGAUGAAAGUGAAAGCAAGAUUAAUGAUUCAGAUGUUUUAUUUCUGUCUGAAAUUGUUGAGAGCAAACCUGAGGAGAAAUUGUCUCGAAAUAGGAAACGGAAGAGAAACCGAAAAAAGAAAUCUGCAGAAGUCACAGUUCUUAAAUCUCCUUCACCUCAUCCUUUACCUAAAGUUGUGACCUUGAAUCUACCAAACUAUCAACAACCAAAUAAUACUAAAAUAACGUUUUGUUCUGAUUCUGAUUCUGAUAGUGAGAACAUGAUUAAAUCAAACAUUAAAGAUAACUCACAAAAUAGUUUGUCUUUCACCAAGGCAGCAACAUCUACUCAAAAGGUUAAUGCCUACCAGGAAAUGGUUCCAUGCAAAUUAAGUGUCUACAACAUUAAAUCUUGUCAGAAUAAAGUGCUAAUAGCUCAAGAUAAAGAGAACAGACCAAAUAAGCCAUUAACAUCACAUGUAGUUUCCACUCAAAGUGGCACCAAACCACGGAAAAAUAGUCUUGUUAUUGCUGAUGUUUUAAACCAGAUACGUUGUGAAGCUGAUUCAAAUGACCUUAACAAUGAGGUUGAUGAAAAGGACAACAGUCCCGUAGACAGUCAAGAUGUGAAAAAGAAUUCAAAAAAAUUUAUUAAAAAGACACCUUCAGUUAAAAACUUAAGUAAGGUUGAGGUUGAAACCUUUAUUGCUAUACCUGUAAAGGAUUAUAACAUUUAUCCAAUACUUUCUGGACCUCCUAGGAAAGGGGACCAAAUAGCCUAUAAGAUAUUAGAAUUAUCAGAAGAUUAUAAUCCUGUUAUAUCUGCCUAUAAGGAAGCAGAGGUCUUAUCUUAUGAAAGUGAUUCCAAUAUUCUAUAUAUUAAACUUAGUGAACCUCUUCGUGUGAAAGAGGAACUAGGAAAAUUUGACAUGCCUGUUGACAAAGCAGAUGAAAACUUAGAUCAGAUCGAGGUGAAUUGGAAGGAAAUGAUAGAACCAAGAUUAUUACCGCUUAACUCAUAA